AUGACCGAAGAUAUCCUCGCAUUCAGCGAUGGGGAUCUCGAGACCUUGGAAGAAUCACACAAUGACGUGCUGGUAAUCUUAUUUCUUUUAAGAAACAUUCAAAUUAAACGUGUGCUCGUGGAUCCAGGCAGCUCGGCCAACGUAAUCAGGUCAAAGGUAGUAGAACAACUUGGGUUGCUCGAUCAAAUCGUAACUGCCUCCCGAGACCUCCAUGGAUUCAACAUGGCCGGCAAAAUAACAAAAGGAGAGAUCGUCCUCCUGGUUGACAUGUUCGGUACAGUUCAGAAUACCAAGUUUCACGUCAUCGUUGGUGACAUGAGGUACAACACAUUGCUUGGCAGGCCAUGGAUAUACAACAUGAGGGCGGUGCCGUCAACGCUACACCAGAUGAUAAAAUUUCCUACAAAAGAUGGCAUACCAACCAUAUAUGGAGAACAACAUACGGCAAAGGAAAUGUUUGCAGUUUAUCAGGAGGCACCGAGCCCCAUGCACUCCACCUCGGAUGAGUCUAGGAGCAUACGGAUCCCCGAGGAUGAUGAAGAAGAUUUCCUCGCCCCUCGAACUUUCGUUGCCCUCGAAGAGUCGGAUGCAAUGAAAUCGACAAUUGAAGAACUGGAGUUAGGAAUUGGCCAAAAGCCUGGGAGCUGA